AUGAAUACGAUCAAGAACGACACGGUUAGUGUUUGUGGCGGUGUGUUCUGCUCACGUGAUGCGGACUGUGCUAAAGACGAGCUGUGUUGCCCCAGUGCCUGUGGGGGAUUUCUCUGCACCAGACGUUCACCUGUCACCCCCAACCCCCCACGUGUGGAUAUUGAGAACCCCUGCCUGUUCAUCAAAUGUAGCGCGACCACCGUGUGUCGCGUGGUAUACAAGUGUCAGACGUGUGAGCCGACUGUCCAGUGUGUCAAUUCCAGCCUGAUUGAUGCAUCGCUAGAUCGAAACUGCAGAAAGGGCGGCUACUCAGAAGUGUUACUUGUUGACGGCCCCACGCCGACAUCGAAUUAUGUCCCUUUGGUAUGCAGACACGAGCGCGACUGUCCUAGAGGCUCCAUGUGUGUUGGAGACCGCCGCGGUGAGGGAACGUGUUGCCGAGGUAGGAUCGAACCCAGUCCAGACAAGCCCGGUGUAUGCCCUGUUGGUGCUAACUUGACCUGUGGCGCAAGGUGUGACCUUGACAUUGAUUGCCCAGAUGACCAGAAGUGCUGCCAGAGCUGUGGCAGGCGGUGUACUCGUCCACAGCCACCAGCACCGACCUGCCCCACCCCUUGCCCUCGUGGUACCACCUGCACCUGGACUUCACCUGUCUGUUCACCUGGCAUGGCCUGCCCCGCGUACGUCAGGUACGAGUGUACCCCCGACCCCUGUUUGACCUGCAGGGAUGACGAAAAAUGUGUGCUGACGUCGACAAAAGGGUACCAGUGCCAGCCUAGGAACCCGUGUGGACGCACGUGCCCAGCUGGUCAGCAGUGUCAACUGACCAGAACCGUGUGUGCUUCUGGAACUGACAUCAGCCCUAGACCUACAGGAUGCCGUGACAUCUACGAGUGCCGACCUGUCGACCUCUGCGGCGGGUGUCUCCAGGGGACGGUCUGCAUCGACACCGGCAUCCGGUGCAUCACCACCCCCUGCCCCACCUACCAGUGCGUGCCGGACAACGCCUGCGGGGGGUGCCGCCCCGGACAACGAUGCCGUGAGCUGCUGGCGUGCAGCCCGCCUGCGACCUGCAACAAGAACGCCCCCUGCCCGCCCGUCUGCUCAUCCGUGUUCCAAUGUACCUCCGCCCCUGAGCCCGUCGUCAGACCUCCCUGCCCCCUGCCAUGCCCCCCACUAACCAGGUGUGAAAUUCAACACAAGAAAUGUAAAGGCAACGACAGAUUAUGUGCAUGGGAGGUCAGCUACAAGUGCCGCCCUCUUUACGGCGAUGAUUAAGUCAACUUUAAUAAAAAUUGUUAUGGAUUAUCCUUUUUUUCAGAAUGCUAUUUUAAAAAUCAAAUAUUUGUAAAAUUGCUGGCAGAAUCAAUACUUGGAAGAAAAUUGUAACAUCGCCUUAGUUACUUAACAUAGAAAAGAAAUUAUGAACAGCAGGUUUAUACGAAAAAUUUUGAACUAAAUGUUACUUCUUUCAUCUAUUCAUGUAAUGUA